CAUUUCAACUUGAAGACUUUACACAAACCUUUCUAAAGAAAAUGAAGCUCUUCCUUUCAUUUUGCGCUUUGAUUACGCUUGCCAAUGCACAAUUUGGUGGUUUUGGGGAAUUUUUUCCUCCGUUCAAUGGAUUUGGCAACGGCCAAUUUGGAGGCUCUGAAUUCAAUGGCCGACCAGCCCGUCCAGGAUUUGGCCGACCACCGCUUCCACCACCAUCAGCCAACCUCACUGUGACAGAUGAUGACCAAAUUGCAUGCAUUAUAACGGGACUUCAAACUCUCAAUGCCUCAAAUACCAACUUUAGUGACUACUUCGAAAACUUGAUUACAAUCCAGCAACAGCAAUUGACAAAUAUCCAAAACUGUAAAACCCUUCGAUUCUACGACGGAGUGAGAUGCGUUAUUCACUUCCAAGCGGCUACUGACAAGAAAAACCGAGAAGUGAUUCGUUCAUUCUCAUUUGCCGGCCGUGAAGUUGUUAGUCAGAUUAUCAGCACUUUCAAGGACUGUUUGGGCAUUACUACCUCCACAACCACUGAGGCGUCCACAACCACUUCAACUGCAUAAAUUAUAGUUUAAUAUCGAAGACGGCAUAUCAACGGAAUCAAACAUUUAUUUCAUUGCACUAUAAUGUAGAGAAUAGAAAAAGAAGAUGCAUUUUUGUAUAAAAUGGUCCCCAUUCUUAUGGGUAAUGAGAGCUUUAGUCUUUUCAAAAUGAAAAUGUAUGAACGUGAACCAAUAAAAACCAACUUCUAUUUCCGAUUAUGUUGGCAAAAUAAAUCAAAAAGCACAUUUCAA